UUCCUGUUUCCGGACAAGUAUUGAUGUAACACAGUCCGAUUAGCAAACAUCCGCUGUAGUUUAUUGCAGCUAUUAUGAAAGCCGGACAGGUGACCAGUGCCACCACUUCGUAACACUGCCAGUGAACAUACCCAGACAGAUGGCCUUGUUUGAAUGGCUUAUUUAGCUCCUCGGCUUGGACACUUUCGCAUCUUUAACCACAGUGUUUCCGCGUGCAGGCUGCUCGGCAUGGCCGACAUGGGUCUUGCGCUGAGUCGGUCCCCGCUGGAGAGGCUCGACUUCGACAACGUCGCGCUCAAGAAACUUCCCCUGGACUCGUCCGAGGAGCCGGGGGUGCGGCAGGUGAAUGGCGCGUGUUUCUCCCGGGUGAAGCCGCAGCCGGUGACCAAGCCUCGCUUCGUGGCGGUGUCUCAUGAAGCUCUCGCACUGCUGGGGCUGAACGGAGAGGAGGUCAUGACCGACCCGCUCGGGCCGGAGUACCUCAGCGGGUCCAGAGUCAUGCCGGGCUCCGAGACCGCCGCUCACUGCUACUGCGGACACCAGUUCGGCCAGUUCGCCGGGCAGCUGGGCGACGGGGCGGCCACCUACCUGGGCGAGGUGAAGGUCCCUCCCGGCCAAGACUCCGACCUGCUCCGGGAAAACCCGAGCGGCCGGUGGGAGAUUCAGGUGAAAGGAGCUGGAAAGACUCCUUUUUCCAGACAAGCUGACGGACGUAAGGUCCUGCGCUCCAGUAUAAGAGAGUUCCUGUGCAGCGAGGUGAUGUUCUUCCUGGGUGUCCCCACCACCAGAGCAGGCUCCGUAGUCACCUCUGACAGCAGGGUUGUACGAGAUGUGUACUACAGCGGGAACCCUCGUAACGAGAGAUGCUCUGUUGUCCUCCGCAUUGCCCCCACCUUCCUCAGGUUCGGAUCCUUUGAGAUCUUCAAGCAGGCUGAUGAAUCUACGGGUCGUCAGGGCCCCAGCUACGGACGUCAUGAGAUCCGAAGUCAGAUGAUGGAUUAUGUCAUUGAGAUGUUUUACCCUGAGAUCCAGCGGAAUCACCCAGAUAGGGUGGAGAGGAACGUGGCUUUCUUCAGAGAGGUGAUGCUGCGCACGGCUCGACUCGUGGCUCAGUGGCAGUGUGUGGGUUUCUGCCAUGGAGUCCUGAACACGGACAACAUGAGCAUCCUGGGACUCACGCUGGACUACGGUCCAUAUGGAUUCAUGGACAGGUUUGAUCCAAAUUUCAUUUGCAACGCUUCUGACAACUCCGGCCGAUACUCCUACCAGGCGCAGCCGGCUAUCUGCAGGUGGAACCUGGUGAAGCUGGCGGAGGCUCUCGCUCCAGAGCUGCCACCGGACCGGGCUGAGGAAGUUGUUGAUGAGUACCUCGAUCUGUACAACGGCUUCUACCUGGAGACCAUGAGGAAGAAGCUGGGCUUAUUGAAGAAGGACGAGCCGGAGGAUGAGGUCUUGAUCACAGAGCUGCUGCAGACCAUGCACAACACAGGAGCUGACUUCACCAACACCUUCCGUAGCUUGAGUCAGAUUUCCUGUCCCACUGAGGGUGAAGGUGAAGAGGAAGAGGAGCUGGUGAGGAAGGCCACUGAGCUCCUGCUGCAGCAGUGCGCCUCCUUAGAGGAGCUCAAGGCUGCCAACAAACCCACUAUGGAUACACGUGAACUGGCCAUGCUGCUCUCCAUGGCUCAGAGCAACCCAGCGCUGUUCCAGAUGAUCUCAGACAGGGUGACAAUUGCGAGGCAGUUGGAGAUAAUCAGCAAACUGAAAGACCUGAUGGAGACCAGCCAGGAAGAGCUGCAAAGCAAACAUGCGGAAGACUGGAGCGGCUGGAUCACACGCUAUAGGAAGCGUCUGGCGCGGGAGCUGGAGGGCCAGAGCGAUGUGAGGGCGCUGCAGGAGGAGAGGGUGAGGGUGAUGGACAGCACCAACCCUCGCGUGGUGCUCAGGAACUACAUCGCCCAGAAUGCAAUUGAGGCUGCUGAAAAUGGAGACUUCUCUGAGGUCCAGCGGGUCCUCAAAGUUCUGCAGAAGCCUUUCUCUUCACAGCCCGGUCUGGAGAGUCCUGCCUGGGUGGGCCGAGGCCAGACCCUCGACCAGGGGGAGAGGGAUGAGGAAGAGGAGGAGGAGCAGCAGGAGGCGGCGGCAUCUUCAUCUUCAUCAACAGCCAGAACUCCUGUUCCCUACGACAGCAAGCCCCCAACCUGGGCCAAUGAAAUCUGUGUCACAUGAUCUUCGUAAUAACUUCCUUGAUUGUUUCCUGCCUAAAAUAAUGAGAGGGGUAUAAGGUGUUUUAAAUAUGUUUAUGUCUGUACAACUCUUUAUUACUUGGGCAGGCAGCGUCUUGGAAGUUAGCAUGAGGCGCGACACCCCACAGGUUACCCAACUCAUACAAGGCAGACAGGGAGUGAGAUUAAUUUGGUGCACAAAAGCAAAUACAAAUAUGAUAUAUGCUAGGUUAUAUGAAAAGCUUGUCUCUGUAACUGAAGAUUUCAGGACAAUGGAUUUAAAGUCCUUCUUAUAUACGAUUGGCUUUAACAUCAAAAGUGAUCUAAUAUAAGGAAUGUGGUCGAUGAGUGUUUUUUCUGAUCCCCUUGAAUGCAAGACGCAUUAAUGGUGGAAAAAACAUGACCAUUAAACAUGAAUGGCACAAAAUAAUAAUAGUUUGAAAAUGCAUCAAAACUAAUUUUUGAAGAAAAACUGUGACUACACUAAGAAGCCAAUCCGAUCGUUCCCUGCCUGCUUGGGAUUUGUUUAGGUAUUGAUGACGACUCGGGCAACAAGUCCUUCAGUGACCUGUCUGACUCUGAAAAACUGUGGGGUGUCACCUCAAAAGAAACCAAAAAAAAACAUGUGUGAGAGAGAGAGAGAGAGAGAUAUGAUGAUGAUUUUAGGAAUGUAUUUGGGUGAAUGGUUAUGAUCCAACAAGCCGCAGUUGAUAAACAUGCACAAUAUUCUCCUGUUGUAGAAACAUUUGCCUUUUCCAUUGUCACAGCACCACUUUAUAGGCACAGAGCCACAAGCAACACAAUGUCACCGAACAUGUUCAGUGAGCAGUUAACCUAGACUGUCGAGCAAAGUAGAAAUCGGGUUUUGAAAAUAAAACGUUCUAAGGUGAAGUUUAUUGUAGUAUGUGGCAUAAAUGUGACCCUAAUUCAUGAAUUUGUUUUAACCGUGAUGCCUCAGCACUAAUAAUAGCUUGCCAUAUUUGAAAGAGGGUCAUUGUGUUAGUUUGACAAUAAAAAUGAUUUUAUAAGU